GUAAGGACUUUACCAAUAUAGCUACCCCAGUAUGUGAUAAGAAUUCUUCACUACCAGCUUUUUCCAGUCAAUCAAGAAAAAAAAAAAAAGUACAUCAUAUGCCUAAUGGGUUUAAGGCAGGAUCCGAACAAGAUUCAUCUAUUGUAUUUGGUUAUAGGUUUCUUAAGAUUCUUAAGAAAAUAGCUGUUUUAAAUGUGUAUGUAUGUGCCUGUGUGUUCUCUGUGUGUACGUAUAGCACAUGCAUGCAGAUGCCUGGGAAGACCAGACAAGGGCAUCAGAUUCACUGCCUGGGCUGCUGGACGGAAGUUACAAGUGGUUGAGUUGUUGAUGUAUAAGACUCAAAGUGAGCCUUAGCUGCCGGGAGACCCCCAAAUGAGACUCGAGAAUGGAGUUCCAUGCAAAAGCAAGAAGUUUAUUGUUCAGCGCGCUGGGGUAUCCUGCACCCAGAGGAGAGAAUUCACCAUGACAACUGUCACGGUGACCAUGGAAGUUCCUUCUGGGGGUAAGACAGAAGACCGCUCCAUCUUCAGUGGACCGUCGUCAGCUCAGAUUAUUGAAGAAACCGAGUAUGUGAGGAAGAUUCGAACUACCCUGGAAAAGAUCCGGAAUCGCAUGUUUAAGGAGGAAGGCGGCCGUGGCAAUGUAAGGCACAAAGUAGAUGCAGAGCAAUCUGGAAAUGUUCAGAAUGGCUUGGAUUCUACAACAGACCCCACCAGGUUGGAUUUGCUCCUGGAAAACAUGAGAAGAAAAGAUCAGCAGCUCCUAGAAAUGAACAAAGAAAAUGAAGUGUUGCAAAUCAAGCUGGAAGCUUCCCGAGAAGCAGGAGCGGCAGCUUUGAGAAAUGUGGCUCAGAGAUUAUUUGACAACUACCAAACGCAGUCUGAAGACCUGGAGAAAAAGCAUAAGGACAGUAAACGUGUACUUCAGGUCAACAAACUCGAGAUAGAGCAGACGUUAAAGCAACGUGCCAAACAUCUGAGUCAACUUUCAGAAAAACUGGGAGAAAAACAUGGGCAAAUCAUAGGACUGGAAAACCGUGUCCAGAGGAUGGAAAAUGAAAAGAAAGCACUCCUAGAGAGAAAAUUAUGUUUAGAAAGCAAGCUACUCCAGCUCAAGUCCAACGCUGCAAAUUCAAAAAGCUGCCAGCAUCUUCAAACGGAGAUUUCCAUCCUCCAGGAGCAGAUCUGUCAUCUGCAGUUCGUGAUCCACUCCCAGCACCAGAACCUGCGCAACGUCAUCCAGGAGAUGGAAGGACUAAAAAAUACUUUAAAGGAACAAGAUAAAAAAAUUGAAAAUUUGAAAGAAAAGGUCACCGUGCUUGAAGCCCAGAAUAAAGAACUAAAAACCAAGGUGGCACAUUGGACGGAACCUCCUAGGACAUCAGUAUCUAAGGCCGUCUCUACAAGUGAGUUGAAGACUGAAGGUGCUUCUCCCUAUUUGAUGUUGAUUCGGCUACGAAAAUGAGCUGGCAGGCUGCAGCUCUGACAGAGAAGGACUUCUACAGAUUUUAUUUAUUCCUUGAAAUACAGUUUCAGCUCCUAAGUUAAAGUGACAUCAUGUCUUAUCUAAAUGUAACUUAGUAUACAUCAAUAACGGCUUAGAAAGGUGAUAUUGCAGGCAAUUCAACAAAUGUCUCUUGGAGAGAAGAAACCUUUUUCUUUUUAAACCAAAAUGUAACUUAAAAGGCCAAGGUUCUAGGAUCUUUCCCACAUGGAAGAUGAAUUCUGCUUUAAACCUAAAAAAUUAAAAUUUGAAUUUAUCUCUCUUCAAAUAUUUUACAAAAAGGACUCUUCUAAGGUUGUCAGAUUUGACCUUUGAUAGUGGUUCUCAUAUAUGUAUAAAUAAAGGGAAGUAUGUAAAUAUAUAUUAAUGAAUGAUGUAAUUUAAUUUGGCAUUUAGGUAAUAAAUAUCUUACCAUGCCACA